UUUGAUUGAAUAUACUAGUGACAUGUUUUGCAGUUUUCAACCAAAAACAGUGAACGUAUAUUUCGAGAAUAAAACGUCACUCAGUUAUCCUGGACAAAUUGUACAAGAAUUAACAAGAUGUGGCAUAUCCUAUAGAACAGCACCAUUGGAAGUUAUUAAUGAUGAUGGCACCCUUAUGUAUCUUAUCAUGAUACAACAUGACGCUACACAACCUAUAGAACUAUCGUUAAUUAAGAAGAAAUCGGGGGCAAAACAUCUCACACAUGUUAUAAUACUUAUACAGGACUCGAAGGCCAUAACAAAUAAAUGGCUUCGUAAUGCAUUUAUAAAAUUUUGGAAAAAAUGGGUUUUAAAUGUAGCCAUUAUGUUCUGGCGAAAUUAUAGUCUACGUGUAUAUCGUUACAACCCUUUCAUGGACAAUUAUUUAAUACCAGUUAAAUAUAUCGGCCGCAUACCACAAAUUACCGAUUUAUUUCCUAAAAAACUGCCUGAUAUGCAAGGCAAACCCUUACGCAUGUGCCUAUACCAUGAUGAAAUACGUGCUAUAUUUUUGAGUAAUAACCGAAUAAUCGGUUCAGAUGGACUUAUGUCUGAGUAUAUAGCAGAACGUUUAAAUGCCACACGUAUUAUAGACCGUAUAAGCUCACAAGCGGACCUUAAAGAAAAUAGAAGUGCCGAUAUAUGUUUUAAGGAAGUAGAAGAUGAAAUUGAUGACAUAGCAAUGAAUAUACGUUUCUUGGCACCAGAAACUUUUGAGAACUAUGUGGAAUACACAACAGUACAAAUACGCGAUGAUUUAUGUGUUAUAGUGCCAAAAGCAAAAGUAGCUUCAAUUUUUUGGAAUCUAUUUCGCUCGUUUAAGCUGAAGGUAUGGAUUUCUAUAUUAUUAUCUAUACUUAUAGCGUAUUUGUUUUGCAUAAUAUUUUAUGGACGUUUGUGUUGGAAGGAACACAUACUUUUACAACUUUUGGCCAGUACAUUAUCCAUGCCAAUGACUCGAGUACCAGCAAAAAUAUCACUACGUUUUAUACUCUUUUUAUGGCUUUUUUAUGGACUACUUAUAACGGGAGCCUUCAAAGGCAAUUUAACCAGUAAUUUAGUCUUUCGUACAUAUCUACCAGAUGUAAAUACUAUUAAAGAUUUGGCACUAUCGCAAUAUGAUUUAAUAUUGUACAGGCGACAUCACAAGCAUAUACAUAUAUUUUUAAAUGAAAGUAAUCCUUACGAAGCAAUGAUCAAACGAAAAUUAAGAGUUCAAACGGAUUAUGAGAUUACUACACUUCUUGAGUCCAAUAAUCGUUCAUAUGCCUACUUGCAAAAGUACCAUGUGGCACUAUUUCAAAUAGUUGCACGCAAGCACACAAGCAAGGGACGACCACUUUUCCACUUGAUGAAUACCUGCUUGGUACCCUUUCAUGCAGUCUACAUACUACCAUAUGGUUCCCCAUACAUAGGUUUCGUCAACCACUUAGUGCGCGGUGCACAUGAAUUUGGUUUCGUGGUACGUUGGGAAAAUUUAAUGAAUUCAGCUUUCCUCAAAUCUGGUAGGAGUGUAUUUCGUAGAAAACAAAGCGAUGAUGAUCUUGUAGUGCUUAAAGUGGCACAUUUCCAAGCUGCUUUUUGUUUGUUAUCUAUUGGACUUAUUUUGGCAUUUUUUGUAUUCAUAGGAGAGCUUUUAUGGAGAUGA